CUUGGAAUGCCGGUUCUGUGACAAGCAAAGCUUCAGGGGGCUCCGACAAUGGUGUGUCUCUACAAAAAUACCAUUUCUCACGUCAGUGUUGCAGAAAACUCUGAUUCUCGGUCCCUCAAGCUUUGCUGUACCUGAAAGCGAUCUCUGCUCUAACCCACCCCGCAACAAAAAGAAAACAAAUGCCAUUAUUAAUCGCUUGCUUUCUAAGUUCCUUAGGCAGCUUCAAUAGUCAGACUCUCUCUCUCUCCCUCGAGUUCUCAAUUUGUUGAGUUUCAUUUGAGAUGCCUGCGAUAUCCUCUGUGAUUUUAAUUUCAAGCUCUCUGCAGAUUGAUGAAACUUGUCAGAAAUUUUUAUGUUUUUAGAAUUGGAACUUUUUUUUUCUUUCAGCUUUGGCAGCUUCCUCUUUUGCUAGCAUUUAAUCUGUUUUUAUUUUAAAUGCUAGAGUUUUGAUCCUGAAAUGGCGCUUUUGAAUGCCGUUUUGGAUCUCUGAAGUACUUAGGCCAUCUCAGUUUGCCAUUAUAUCUGUUUUUUUUCCUGUCACAGAGCGAGGAGGAGUAUUUUAAUCCUGUCGCUUUGUGUGGGUUUUCGUAGUUAGAAGUAGUAGAGUUUUAAGCUCGAUUUGGGUGAGAAGGGUGAGCAUUUUUUUGCUAAAAAAUCCCUGAAACUCUUCUGCUAAUCGAUUUCUGGAAGUUUGGAGAAAGAAGAUGGUCGAUUUGUUGCAGAGCUCAACUAGAAAUAGGUUUCAGAUGGCUGUGUGGAUCGUGAAGCUGGGUUUUCUCUUCAUCGGAAUCGUAUCCACUGUUCUGCUGCUCAAACUCACAGUACCUUACUCUGUGAAUGCUCUCCUAUCCGCCAUUCCACGACUCUGGUUCUCGUUUCGUAUCUGGUUAGCUCCUCCGUAUCUCUACAUCAUCGUUAAUUUCAUCAUCAUCAUUAUUGCAGCUUCAUCGAGAUUUCAGCAGAAGCACUGGGGGAAGAACGGCGAAGAAGUUGUCAUCGAAGCAGAGAAUGAGAAUCGCUUACAGAAGCAAGAACGAAGUGAUUUGGCUUCUGAUUAUCUCAAAACCUCGACGGAGAUAUGGCCCGAUAUGGAAGAGAUUCCGCAGGAGUACGUUGAGAAGGCCUUGGUUUAUGUUGAAAAAUCGCCGGAGGUUCCGUCUGGUGUCUCAUGCUUGACGGAUUCCGAUGAGAAAACAACGACGGAUCUCUCUGUUUCCUCCCGCUUCGCCGCCACGAAACCGUUGGAGACAAGUCGGAGAAUCGAUAAAUCGGCCGCGGCACCGCCACAGCAAACAGCGAAGUCAGUCGGGGUUGCGAAGGCGAAGAAGCAGAAUGAUACGUUGGACGCUACGUGGAAGAUGAUCACCGAAGGAGGAAAGCCAUUGAUGCGACACCUGAAGAAGAGCGAGACAUGGGACGUUCCACCUCGUGUGAACGAUCCUGACUCGGAUGUGGACUCGUCAUCAGGAGUGACGAAUCGAAGGGAGUUGAGGAAGUUGGAGACCUUUAAUGAUGCUUCAUCAACGGCAUCCUUGAGGGGUGGUGGUAGACUGAUAAGGGAGAUAUCGCUGAGCCAGGAGGAGUUGAAUCACCGAGUGGAAGCGUUCAUUAAGAAGUUUAACGAUGAUAUGAGGUUACAGAGGCAGGAAUCGCAGAAUCGUUACUUGGAGAUGGUCAAUCGUGGAGUCUAUACAUGAGAGACAUGGUUACACUCGAUAAAUGGGUAAUGCGUACGUGUGCUCAUCAAUUUUAGACCGUCUGAUUGGAAUAACGGAAUCACUGGACAGUCUGGAUUGAUGGGAUUCCUGACUUUGCUGUGUUUUUCCCCUACUUUAUCGUUAAAUUUCUAUUCUUAAAUGGCAGGUCCCUGUGAUAUCUGUGGCUGAAAGUAUGUGAAGAUGGUCGACACGUGUAUGGAGUGAGUUUUCUAGAUUAGAGUGGUAUAAAACCUAAAAAUGGAAUGUUGGAAAUAAUACUAAUGGUUCCUCAUAAUAUGUUGGAGUUAAUGUAACUUAUAUGGUUACCUCUUGUACUUGGCAUCGCUCCCUUUGGAGAGUGCAAAGGGAUUUGAUCAGUGGAUGAAGUCCCCUUGAUGGCAUUUGAGUUAUAGAUAUUUUUGGGUCUCUGUUGAUCCCAUCGUGGAUUUC